AUGGACUCGGGAACUCAAAUCGUCGACCUCACCGGCGCAAACGAGGAACCGCAAGUCAGCUCCGGCGUGGCCAAUCGGUCGUCAUCGGAGACGAAGCAACCGGGCGAGACGGAGAUGGGGGAAACCAUCGACUUGACAACACCGACAGCUUCCACCGCUGAAGCAGACGAUGAAAUGAUCGUCGUGGUCGAACCUGAAGCUCAAGCUGCCACAAACGGUGUAGAUGCCGCAAGCACCACCGCCUCGACCACCGACAGUUCUGGCUCCACUUUGACGGCAGCGGAAGCUCCCGUGCAAUUGAACUCUUCGAACCCGACCCCAGCACCGACCGCUUCAACAAACAACAAUCUCACCUCGUUACCAAACGACAUCACCCACAUUCUGCAACUAGGAGUCGCCGAUCCGGAUCCCGCUGAGUCGACCACGGACUAUGCACAACUGGUCAAGGACCUCAAGGCCAAAGUGAUGCAAUCCCGGAACCCCAACAAGGCCAAGAACUACAACACCGCAAUCACAGUAGACGAUGAUUCGUCGAUGAGGGAAGAAGGGGAGGAACCGGAGGAGGAGUUGGCCCAGGUUGAGAAUGAGAUGAAGGAACAGGGGGUCGAGAGGGACGAGCCGGAGCAGUCAGUCUAGCCUGAUUUGGAUUUCAUCGAUGUUCAAACCUCAUGCUUUGAUGACGAAUUGCCGCAGGGGCUCGAAUGCGAUCCAAGUCGACGCAGCGGCCGAUGAAUCCUCGGAAGCGGAAGAAGAAGCGGGAGAAGAGUCUUCGUCAGAAGAUUCAUCCUCGGACGACGAUUCCUCCUCCUCUUCCUCCGAUUCCGAGCCGACACAGAAGACCCGCCGUCAACCGAAUCGACAGAUCCAACGCCAAGUCAUGAUCGACUCUGACCAAUCCGAUCUCUCAGACUCUGAAGACCCCAACCGUGCCGGCUCUUCGAAGAAGGUUCCUAAAACCGAACACGAGCUCGACGAAGACACUUCCGUCCCUUCCUUGCCCGAGAUCGAAUCACUUCGCGAAAAUGUCGAUAUCGUCCGGUUUGGAGUCGUACAGAACUUGAUCGAGAACGUCGUCGUAAUUAGGGCCGACACGACGGGGAGUUAUCGCGUAUUGGAUCAGGGCACGAUCGUCUGCUGGGAGGAUCGCAAGAUCGCUGGAACGGUACGUUGGGCCAUGUGUUCAUUCAUUGCUUGCUCGACCUCGGCAUUGACAUCGCAUCCGCCAACACCACACACAGAUCUUCGACACCUUCGGCUCUGUCCUCCAACCUUUCUACUCCCUGCGCUUCCCCGCGACCUCCCCACCCGAUCCCGCAGCCUUCACCGCCUCCCGACCUCUCUGCUACGCCCCAGCUUCAGCAACCUUCGUCUUCACGCGCGAACUGCAAGCACAAAAAGGCUCCGACGCGUCCAACGUUUGGGACGAAGAAGUCGGCGAAGGUGAGAUCGAAUUUUCGGAUGAUGAAGCGGAACAGGAGUAUAAGAGGGCUAUGAAGAGUGAGAAGAAGGGGAAGAAGAAGGGCAAUGCUUCCGUUGGAGGUGCACAAGUUUCGACUAUCAGUUCUUCGCUAGAUGGAUUUAAGGGCUUGCCUCAGAAACCUUCGGGACCUCUUCCCGAGAUCGAUGAGGAGGGGCCUUACAACCUCGUGCAACGACCCAAGGGGCUUCAUCUGAUGGGGACAGCACCACCGAGUGGACCGGAGGGGAGACAGAUGUUUGAACGGGACACGGGGCGGACAGUUGAAGGGGAGAAGGAGUUCGAGUUCAGUGACAAUGAUGAGGAAGACGGCGGGGUGGUAAAGAAUGAGGGUGGCUCGGAAGAGGGGGGCGAUCGGCAUGAUGAUGAAGAGAUGGACGAUGCGAAACAGGCAGAGUUGGCGAGGAUUAUGGCUGGGCCGCCGGGGAGAGGAGGCAAGAGAGGGAGAGGGCGAGGGGAAGGGGUGGCGGAAGAGGGCACGAUCGAUCAUCGAGAGGUGGCGGAGGGCGAGGACGUGGAGCGCCCAACGAGGGACGAGGACGAGGACGCGGACGCGGAAGAGGAGCCCACAACCAACUCUCACGUAGCGAUCGACCUCCUCAAUCCGGCGGUGGCGACGGCGACGAUCAACGACGACAAGUUGCCCCUUUACCAAACCGAGCCCCGAUGGGCCUUCCCAUGCGUCCCAUGGGCAUGGGCGACUUUGGUGCACCACCACCGAUGAGCUUCCCGCAAAACUUUGCCUUUGGCCUGCCGACGAACCAUCACCUCCCCGCACCACCGCAACAGCAAAUGUUCAACUUUGCCCCUCAAGCACCCAUGAUGCCCUCUAGCCCCAUGCCGGGAAUGUACAACCCUCAUUUCCAACCUCAACCAACAGGCCCCUACCCCAACUUCCCAGGUUUGAGCUACGCCCAUCCACAACCUUCCUUCACGCCCGAUCUUGGAGCGGGUGCACAAGGCGCGUACAAUCCCCGGUUCUUCGCUAAUGGACACCUCCCGCUCAACGCGAUGAUGGGUGGAUCGGGACAAGGAUCGGAGGGAGCUGGCAUGAUGAUAGGUACAGGACCGUAUGGCUACGUGCCACCCGCUCCGGUCCAGGGGCCAGGCGGACCAGGUGCUGGACGGGGAAGGGGGAGAGGGAGAGGAGCAUGA